UCGCGCAGCAAGGCCGACUCCAUCUUAGCGCUGGGGCGGGAGGGCAAGGCCCGACACGUCGGGAAAACCGGGACCAUCCCAACGGGAAAACCGGGAACAGCCGGGACAUCGGGACAUCGGGAGGACGGGGGCCAUGGCGGCCGACAGCCGGGAGGAGAAAGAUGGAGAACUUAAUGUCCUGGAUGACAUUUUGACUGAAGUUCCCGAUCAAGAUGAUGAGCUUUAUAACCCUGAAAGCGAACAAGAUAAAAAUGAGAAAAAGGGCUCAAAGAGGAAAAGCGAGAGGCUCGAGAGCAGCGAGAGCAAGCGUCCCAAGCCGUCCGUGCACCCGAGGCCGCCGGGGCCCAAGCCGGCCGGCUCGGCGGCCGGCAACAACAAGAGAGUCGUCAGCUCCAAAGGCAAAGCGGGCCCGGACUACAAAGCCGAGGAGUACCAGCGGGGGGAAAGGACCAAGCGCCCGGAGGGCGAUCGGAAGGCCCGGCUGUCGAACGCCGGCGCCAGGGAGCCUUACAAGGGGCAGCCCGAAAAGCCCUGUGCCCGGAAAAGGGAUCCCGAGCGGCGAGCCAAGCCCCCGACGCCCGACGGGCCCGAGAGAAUCAGGCCCGACGGGGACCGACGUCCAAGCCGGUCCAGUCAUUCCUCUAAAGAAGAGGCGAACUCGGAGGAGUUCGGGUCGGACCGCGAGUCGGCCAGCAGCGGCUCCUCCGACGAGCAGGGCAACAACACCGACAACGAGGAGGAAGGCCUGGAAGAGGAAGAGGAGGAGGAGGACGACGACGACGGCGAGGAGGACGAGGAGGUAGAAGAGGACGGCGAGGAGGAGGAGGAGGACGACGACGACGACGGGGAGGAGGAGGAGGAGGAGGAGGAGGAGGAAGAGGAGGAAUACGAACAGGACGAGCGAGACCAGAAAGAGGGCCAUGACUACGACACGCGCAGCGAGGCCAGCGAUUCGGACUCGGAGUCGGUGUCCUUCACCGACGGGUCGGUCCGGUCCGGCUCGGGCUCCGACGCAUCAGAUGAGAAAAAGAAGGAGAGGAAGAGAGCUAGAGGCAUUUCUCCCAUUGUUUUUGAUAGAAGCGGAAGCUCGGCGUCCGAAUCCUACGCAGGUUCAGAAAAGAAGCAUGAGAAAUUAUCAUCUUCCGUUCGUGCUGUCCGAAAAGAUCAAACCAGUAAACUUAAAUAUGUCCUCCAGGAUGCAAGAUUUUUCCUCAUAAAGAGUAACAACCAUGAAAAUGUGUCUCUUGCCAAAGCCAAGGGCGUGUGGUCUACGCUGCCAGUAAAUGAGAAGAAGUUGAACGCAGCAUUCCGAUCGGCAAGGAGUGUUAUAUUAAUAUUUUCUGUGAGAGAGAGUGGAAAAUUUCAAGGAUUUGCAAGACUGUCAUCAGAAUCGCACCAUGGAGGGUCUCCUAUACACUGGGUUCUGCCUGCAGGAAUGAAUGCCAAAAUGCUGGGAGGUGUCUUUAAAAUCGACUGGAUCUGCAGGCGUGAAUUGCCCUUCACUAAAUCCGCUCACCUCACCAAUCCUUGGAAUGAACAUAAGCCAGUAAAGAUCGGGCGCGAUGGACAGGAAAUUGAACUCGAAUGUGGGAGCCAGCUUUGCCUUCUAUUCCCCCCCGACGAAAGUAUUGACUUGUAUCAGGUCAUUCAUAAAAUGCGCCACAAGAGAAGACUGCAUUCACAGCCCCGCUCAAGAGGACGUCCGUCCCGCCGAGACCCAGUCCGGGAUGUGGGAAGGCGUCGACCAGAAGAUUAUGAUAUUCAUAACAGCAGAAAGAAACCAAGGAUUGACUAUCCCCCUGAGUUUCACCAAAGACCAGGGUAUAUAAAGGAUCCACGGUAUCAAGAAGUUGAUAGUUUCACCAAUCUUAUUCCCAACAGACGAUUUUCAGGAGUCCGCCGGGAUGUGUUUUUAAAUGGGUCCUACAAUGAUUACGUGCGAGAAUUUCACAACAUGGGACCACCGCCGCCAUGGCAGGGAAUGCCCCCGUAUCCGGGAAUGGAACAACCUCCUCAUCACCCUUAUUAUCAACACCAUGCUCCGCCCCCUCAAGCCCACCCUCCCUAUUCUGGACAUCACCCGGUGCCCCAUGAAGCAAGAUACCGGGACAAACGAGUACACGACUACGACAUGCGUGUGGACGACUUCCUCCGCCGCACCCAGGCGGUCGUCAGCGGGCGGAGGAGCCGGCCCCGGGAGCGGGACAGGGAGCGGGAGCGAGACCGGCCGCGGGACAACCGAAGAGACAGAGAGCGCGACAGAGGCCGCGAUCGCGACAGGGAGAGGGAGCGAUUAGGCGACCGGGACAGAGACCGAGGGGAGAGAGGACGAUACCGGAGAUAAUCCAGCCGGAGGGGCCCCCCCCCACCCCCCCGUCGUUUCGGAGCAACAGCAAAUCUUGUAUUUUUUUUGUGUGUUUACAAGUAGUAAAUUUAUUUUCAGCUGUCUCUUUAUGAGUUCAUUGUGUAGAAGGAUUUAUUCUGACCCCCUUUGUUCCAAGCAUGCAGUAUACUAAGAACUGGAAAAGAAAAAUCUCAAAUCAGCCAAAAAAAAGGAAAGGGAAAAACAAAAAAAAACGCAAUGCACAGAGUUGACGUCGGAAUUGACGCUUUUAUUGGGGCAGGAUGGGAAACAGGAGAGAAUGUAGAUACCGAUUGCUUUUCUGUAAGUGUUCCUCCAGUGUGUAGGGAUUUGCAUCACAGGGAUUUUUUUUUUCCGUUUGAUUUUUGGAGAUUGAUGAGAUAACUGCCAUAAUGUUUUGCUUUGAUGUUUCCCCACAUGUAGCUGCCCCACGGUUCUAUGAAAAUUAUGCUGCUAUGAAGGAUGCAAAAACGUUGAAGUAUGAUGGUUUGAUGGGAUGGCAUUGUUGUAGCAGCCUCUUAGUUUUUUUCUCCUCUUUUAUUUUUUUUUUCUAAGCGCCCUGUAAAGUCACUCAUUUAUUUUUUACUUUUUCCAGUCUUCAAUGAUGAAAGCAAUAUUACGAAGACGUGACGGAUACCAGAUUUUUAACCUUUUUAAAGAGAACCUUCCUAUGUUCGAAUGGCGUUUUGGCCAAGGCUGUUGUUUGGCCGCCUCAGAAAUGUACACAUUGGUUUGGAGUGUUCCCGACCUGCGUGUGGUCACAGAAGACAGUCCCGUAUCCUACAUCGCUACCAUUUUUGUAUAAAAAUAAACUGGUAAAGAUCGA